UAAAGAGCAAUUUGAUGAGACAUUGAAUUGACUCGCCAAGAUGUCAAAUCGUCGAGACCCUGUUCUGCCUGAUCGUAAACUAGAAGAUCUAUCUUUGGAUACAGUAGCUGUUGUUGUCAAACCAAAGAAAUACACUGGCAAGAAAACAAUUCCACUAGCGACUCCAAUAUGUCAUUCCUCUACUUUCAAACUCGAGAAAGUCGACGAUUUCUUGGAGAUUAUGUCCCAGGGUGGUGAAGUAUAUUCAAGAUUAGGUAAUAGUACAACUGAUGCUGCAGAAUGUCUGAUAAAUUCUAUAGAAGGCGGGGCAGGUUCUCUGGUAUAUGCCAGUGGUAUGGCUGCCAUAUCAACUGUUUUAAUAUCAUAUCUUAAUUCGGGAGAUCAUAUAAUUGUUCAGAAUCCUGUAUACUCUAAUACACUGGUAAUAAUAAGAGAGUUUCAGAAGAAAUAUGGUAUAGAUGUAACAAUCGUUCCAGCAGCAUGUAACAUUACAGAAUACAGGAAAAACAUCAAAGCUAAUACCAAGAUACUUAUGGGAGAAACACCAUGUAAUCCAUGUAUGACCAUCCUAGAUCUUGAAGCAUUUGGUAAAUUAGGUCAAGAAAAGGACAUUUUAACAGUGGUUGACGCGACCUUUGGAAGUUGUUAUUUACAACAGCCUAUUGCUCAUGGUGUGGAUAUCUCUAUUCAUAGUUGUACAAAAUAUAUGGGAGGGCACAGUGAUCUCACUGGUGGAUGUGUAACUACACGAACUUUACAACAGUGGAAGAUUAUCAAAAAAUGGUCAGCAACAUUGGGCGGCAUCAUGUCUCCACAUGACGCCAGCUUACUUAUACGGGGUUUGAAAACCCUACCAAUACGUAUGGAGAAACACAGCCAAAAUGGAAAGAGAAUUGCAGAAUACUUGGAACUACAUCCUAAGAUUGAUAAAGUAUUUUAUCCCGGUUUACCAUCACACCCACAACAUGAUAUAGCAAAGAAACAGAUGAAAUCGUUUGGUGGGAUGCUCAGAGCUGAUGUUAAAGGCGGAGAACAAGGUGGAAGAACAUUGGUUGAGUCACUGAAUAUAGUUAGUUUAGCUGUUUCUUUGGGAGGAGUGGAGAGUAUUAUAGAACAACCCUACACCAUGACCCAUGGCCCAUAUUUAUACUCUCAAAAAGAAAUAGAUGAAAGUGGAUUCACCCCUGGUACUCUUAGAAUCAGUAUUGGAUUGGAAGAUGUAGAUGACCUUAUAAAAGAUUUUCAACAAGCUUUGGAAAAAGUGAAAGUAUAAAAAUAGAAUGAGUUUAAAAAAUACUUUCACUGAUAUGAAAUGUAGUUUUACAUCUUAUUUUUCUGCUCCGGAUGACCAAUGAAAUGAAAAGGACAAUAAUGAAACCAUCAAAAAAAAUUUCAAAAUUCAUCAUUAUUUGAUGGCUUAUCUUUAUUAAUAUGAUUAGUAAAACUGCAUAUAAUAUAAUGGAGCAUGUAAACUUUAUUAAAUUUUUAUCAAAUUGUCUUAAGUUGUGGUUGAUUGCCUCACCAAGUUGUGUAAUAUGAAGCACUUUUGUCUUUCUGUCAAAGGAUGAUUCAAUGGAAAUUUCUGCAUAUUUACAUUCAAGUAUAAACAGACAGGAAUCAGCAAAAUUACAAAAUAGACCAAUAGUAGAAGUUAUUUUUUUUUUGAAAACAUUCUUUAGAUGCAAACUGACGCUACAAUGGUUUUACUUUGCUAACAUAAGAACAAAUAGUAGUUCAGCUUAAGCCACACCCCUUACAUGGAGCAGUCACUUAUGUUUGUGAUACGAUCCUGGUCACUAGGUCAGGCAUAUUGUUUCAUAUGUAUUUCUUGCUAGCUUAUGGACAUUGUCUUCUGAUGAACAGUUUUGUUUGGCGUACACAUCUUUUCACUCUGUCAUCUGUAUGUAAGGAAUUCACAAUGGUUAAUAUUACCCUUAUCCCACCAUUGUUCGUUUUCUACCUCUCAUUCUCACUUCCUCGAGUUUUUUAAUAACUUCAUUUACCUCACCUUUACUAGACUGACUGUAAGAAUCUAAUAUGACCUGAAAUAUCUCCUCACUAUUGGGAUGGGUGCUAAGAAAGGCUCUUUCUAAAACAUACAAAUCUACACCCUUAUCUUCAGCUAAACUAUCAAAAUAACUCAAACCAAAAUCUAUAAGAACGAUUUCAGCAAAGCCAUUCUCAGUAUUCUUUAAGAGCAUAUUAGAUGUCGUAAGGUCUCCAUGUAUUAUAUUAUUACUAUGUAACUUGUUCAGCAGUUGUCCAAUGUUUUUGGCCAAUUUAACUAAUUUUUCACUGUUAUGUUGGUGUUGUAACUGAAAAAUAUAUUCCCGAACAGUGACAGAAUUCUCUAUCUUUUCAAUGAUAAUACAUCUGUUUUCCAUAUCUACCAUAUACAAGCAUGGACAUUCUAUUCCACUCAUCUUGCAACGUAACAGUGCACGGGCUUCAGCCUUCAUUCUUUGGGUUGUCAAAGACUUAUCUAACGACGGAUGUCUGUAGGACUUGACAAAUCUUUCUUUUGUAAUGCAUGGUUUACUGUAAAAUGAGCCAGUGUAGAGUUUUCCUUCAGCCCCCUGGUUUAUCAUAACUUUCGAC